GCUGGAUGGUGUCGGAGGGUACUUUGGAGUCACGUGCUAAAUUCUAUGUCCUCACCCCCACCCCUGCGGUGGGUUGGCCGGCAUUUUUCGGGAACUUUCUUUUUCGGCUGCAGAACUCGCCACUCCCAAGAUGGAAGUACCUUGCGCCGCCAUUAAGCGUGAACCUUCAGAACUAUUCCCUGUAAAGCUUCAGAGUCCUAUCCAAGAUGGCCGUCCGGGUUCCGGGCUCCCCUACGCCUCCGUCUGCUUGCCACAUCCAACAUGGCGGCCCUGAGCCGCCCUUCCCAGUGUGCAGCGUGCGCCGGAAGUGACGGGUCACACACAUUUCCUCUCUUUCUGCAGGAGGAACGGUGGAUUGCUGGACUAAGGGGGCGCGGUGGAUAUUGACCUUUGCCCCGACCUCGUGUAGGUGAUGUACUAGCAGGGCACCCCAGUUCCUAUUUGGGGCAGCUGGAUAGAGGGGUAGAGGGGAAGACUGUUAGCCCCUUCGGCCUAUGGCGGGAAUUGGGUAGCUUCCCUCCCCUACCCAGGGAGUGAAGAUUUUGAGAUUCCCACCAUUGAUUUGAACAAAGUGAGACUAUCCUCCACUGGGCACGAUUAGGGAGACCUACCGCCAAUCCGGGAGCAAGGUGAACUCUCAUUGCUCGGAAACAAGGGAGGAAUCUAAUUGACUGGAGGAAGAAAUGCCUGCCUUUGGCCUGAAGUAGUUCUCUGGCACAGACUGAUCGCCCGUUUCUUGCCGCAGCCUCGGAACACAGCAUCACCUCGCAGCCUGCUUCCUCCCGUACAGCUCGUUGCCGGCGAGAUGUUACUAUUGGUGCUGCUGCUUCCCCUGUGCUGGGCGGUGGAGGUCAAACGGCCCAGAGGCGUCUCCCUCACCAAUCAUCACUUCUAUGAGGAAUCCAAACCUUUCACUUGCCUGGAUGGCUCAGCCACAGUCCCUUUUGAUCAGGUCAAUGAUGACUACUGUGACUGCAAGGAUGGCUCAGAUGAGCCAGGCACAGCUGCUUGUCCUAAUGGCAGUUUCCACUGCACCAACACUGGCUACAAGCCCCUGUACAUCCCCUCCAGAUGGGUCAACGAUGGAGUUUGUGACUGCUGUGACGGCACAGAUGAGUACAACAGCGGAAUCAUCUGUGAGAACACCUGCAAAGAGAAAGGCCGGAAGGAGAGAGAGACUUUGCAGCAGAUGGCAGAGGUCACCCGCGAGGGGUUCCGCCUGAAGAAGAUCCUUAUUGAGGAUUGGAAGAAGGCCCGGGAGGAGAAGCAGAAAAAGCUCAUUGAGCUACAGACUGGUAAAAAGUCCCUGGAGGACCAGGUGGAGAUGCUGCGGUUGGUGAAGGAGGAGGCUGAGAAGCCGGAGAAGGAAGCCAAAGACCAGCAUCGGAAGCUGUGGGAAGAGCAGCAGGCUGCUUCAAAGGCCCAGCGAGAGCAGGAGUUGGCGGCCAGUGCCUUCCAGGAGCUGGAUGACAACAUGGAUGGGGCGGUAUCCGUAGCUGAGCUGCAGACCCACUCGGAGCUGGACACGGAUGGGGAUGGAGAACUCUCAGAAGGGGAAGCCCAGGCCCUCCUUGGGGGGGACACCCAGAUGGACGCCACUGCCUUCUAUGACCGUGUCUGGGCUGCCAUCAGAAACAAGUACCGAUCUGAAUCUGAGGUGCUGCCCACUGAUGUGCCGGUGCCUUCUGAUCCCCAUCUGACAAAGCCCAAGGAGGAGCAGCCCCUGGUUCCCUCACCAGCAGCAGAAGAGGAGGAGGAGGAGGAGGAGGAGGUGGAUGAGGAGGAGGAGGACGAAGAGGAGGAGGAUUCCCAGGAGGCCCCACCCCCACUGGUGCCACCACAGCCAGCCAGCCCCACAGAAGAGGACAAAAUGCCACCCUAUGAUGAGCAGACACAGGCCUUCAUUGAUGCUGCCCAAGAGGCCCGUAACAAGUUUGAAGAGGCCGAGCGGUCCUUGAAGGAUGUGGACGAGUCCAUCAGGAAUCUAGAGCAGGAGAUUUCCUUUGACUUUGGCCCCAAUGGAGAGUUCGCCUACCUGUAUAGCCAGUGCUAUGAGCUCACCACCAAUGAGUACAUCUACCGCCUCUGCCCCUUCAAGCUCGUCUCCCAGAAACCUAAACUGGGUGGCUCCCCUACUAACCUUGGCACCUGGGGCUCAUGGGCUGGCCCUGAACAUGACAAGUUUAGCGCCAUGAAAUACGAGCAGGGCACGGGCUGCUGGCAAGGCCCAAACCGUUCCACCACCGUACGCCUGCUCUGUGGGAAGGAGACAGUAGUGACGAGCACCACAGAACCCAGUCGUUGUGAAUACCUCAUGGAGUUGAUGACGCCGGCUGCCUGCCCAGAGCCGCCACCUGAGCUGCCCACUGAAGGUGACCAUGAUGAGCUAUAGUCCCACACAGCACAGAGAACUUCAAGGCUUGUCAACAGCCCCCAGCGGUGCUGCCACUUGCACCUCAGUCUGUGAACCAAGGCCUGCUCCUCUGGGUCUUCUCUCUCCACCCAUGGAGGCAGGAACCAGGUGGGGGCUCUGCCCUGCUGUCAGGGGCCAUGCAGAGCAAAGCCAAGUUCCCAGGCCCAGCAGCUUCCAAAGAUGGAGUAAAGGGGCUCAUCCUUUCAGACCCACCUCCAGGCAUCUGCCUCCUUUCAUGUAGGGACAUGUGACUUGACCUGUGACCUCAAAACAAUAAAUGUCAUUCCUCCCCCCUCUGUGUUUGCCUUGUUUUGCUUGGGUGUGGAUCAGGCCAGGGACAGACAGGGUCUGCAGAUCCUGCAGGGGCCCCCUCCCUUUCAGGCCGCACCACAGGUGGGGCCUCACCAGUCACACCUGGAAUGAUUCACAUCUGAGAUGCUCCAGGACACCAAGUCCAGAGUCAAGGGACAGACAAGACCCUGGGCAAGUCUCCUUCCCCCGACCC